GGAGUCUGUGGUGACUCGGCUGGCGGGAUCAAGUGCAGCUGCUUCAGGCUGAGGUGGCAGAUAGUGAGCACCGGCGGCGGAGUUAAAGUCAGAGCAGGAGAGUAAUGAUGAACAGCGCAGCGGGAUUCUCGCAUCUAGACCGUCGCGAGCGGGUUCUCAAGUUAGGGGAGAGUUUCGAGAAGCAGCCGCGCUGCGCCUUCCACACUGUGCGCUAUGACUUCAAACCUGCUUCUAUUGACACUUCUUGUGAAGGAUACCUUGAGGUCGGUGAAGGUGAACAGGUGACCAUAACUCUGCCGAAUAUAGAAGGUUCAACUCCACCAGUAACUGUUUUCAAAGGUUCAAAAAAACCUUACUUAAAAGAAUGCAUUUUGAUUAUUAACCAUGAUACUGGAGAAUGUCGACUAGAAAAACUCAGCAGCAACAUCACUGUAAAGAAAACAAGAGUUGAAGGAAGCAGUAAAAUUCAGUAUCGUAAAGAACAACAGCCACAACAAAUGUGGAAUUCGGCCAAGACUCCCAAUCUUGGAAAACAUUCUCCAUCUGAAGAUAAGAUGUCCCCAGCAUCUCCAAUAGAUGAUAUUGAAAGAGAACUGAAGGCAGAAGCUACUCUAAUGGACCAGAUGAGUAGUUGUGAUAGUUCAUCAGAUUCCAAAAGUUCAUCAUCUUCAAGUAGUGAGGAUAGUUCUAGUGACUCAGAAGAUGAAGACUGCAAAUCCUCUGCUUCUGAUACAGGGAAUUGUGUCUCGGGACAUCCUACCAUGGCACAGUACAGGAUUCCUGACAUAGAUACCAGUCAUAAUAGAUUUCGAGACAACAGUGGCCUUCUGAUGAAUACUUUAAGAAAUGAUUUGCAGCUGAGUGAAUCAGGAAGUGACAGUGAUGACUGAAGAAAUAUUUAGCUAUAAAUAAAAAUUUAUACAGCAUGUAUAAUUUAUUUUGUAUUAACAAUAAAAAUUCCUAAGACUGAGGGAAAUGUCUUAACUUUUGAUGAGAAAAGAAAUUAAAUUUGAUUCAGAAAUUUCA